AUGAUAUUUCUUAAAUCAGUUAUUAAGGUGAUCGACAACUCAGGUGCGCAAUUAGCAGAGUGUAUUAAAGUCAUCAGAAAGGGAUCUCCCAAAAGCCCUGCCAUGGUUGGAGAUAGAAUAGUGUGUGUUAUCCAGAAAGCAAAACCUUUGACUCAAAACAUCACAGGAACAGCUAAUACUAAUCGUGUCAAAAAAGGCGAUAUUUGUCACGCAAUUGUCGUAAGAUCUAAGCAGCGUAAUAUGAGCAGAAAGGAUGGCUCUAUGGUUGCAUUCGGAGACACUGCCUGUGUUUUGAUAAAUAAGAAUACCGGUGAGCCCCUAGGGACAAGAAUCAUAGCUAACGAUGGAUGUGUAGAUAGAACAUUGAAAGAUAAGGGAUACAAUAAGAUAUGCUCCUUAGCUAGUAGGGUCAUAUAA